GAGGAACUGCCCAGUUUCUUGGGGAGCAAUUGGGUGUGCAAGGUUAUCGAACAAACUAUAAAAUAGAAGUAAUCUGCACGAUGUUAUCACUUGUUCGCGAGUUUAACGAGAAACGGAAUAAGAUGAAGUCCCUGAGCUUAGCCGUCUUCUUGGUGGUGGUAGCCGCGGCCAGCGCAGGCCUUCACGCCGGCGUCGUCAGCGGAUAUGGCGCCCGAGCUGUGAUCGCAGGCCCAGCAGGAACAGUCGUACGAGGCGGAGUCGCCCACGGAGUGGUCGCCCCCGGACUAGUAGCACCCGGUAUUGUCGCUCCCGGAAUUGUCACCCCCGGAAUAGUCGCUCCCGGAGUAAUAGCCGGAGGUGUUAUCGCGGGACGCGGUAUCUUGGGAGCACCAGGUCUAUUGGCCGGCCAUGGACUUCUCGCACCCGGAUCCGGACUGGAGGGACAGUGGAUCCCGGACAUCAACGAAAAAUUGUACGACGACGGUUCUUACAAGCCGUACUUGUACCAUUAGAUGCCAAAAUUGUGUUACCUCCGAUCGUGUAAAUAACUGUACGUAGAUUUAUUUAUUGUCUUCACGGGAGAAUAAAUUCUUAUUGAACGCCA